AUUUGGACAUGGUUGCAACCGUAAGCAAGAAAACCUUAUCCUUGUCACAUUUCAAUUGGAAAGCACCAACUCAACAAUGGUAGCCUCACUCAUUAUAUCUCCCUUUCACACCCAUUUCACUUCUCAACUCUGCAACUGUUAACCUUCCCUCAUUCUCCAUGGCUGCUGCUACACCUUCUGUUUCCUCUUCUACCUUCAAUACUAUCUGCAACCUCUCCUUGACUCACUUUUCCAUUUCACUCACCAGCAACUUCCCUCAAAGACCCAUAUCCCUGAAACCCCUCAAUCUCAACCUCAAGUCCCAAAGUUUCACUCUUUCCCCUCUUUCACUUCACCGUCUUCGUCCACAUUCCACUGCCUUCGAUGGAUUUGAAGUGUCUCAAGACAUCACAGUGUCCCAACAAGACGACCCAGAACCUGAAACAUUUGAUAAACCACAACAAGAGGAAGAGCAGAAGGUAUCGGAUUCAAACGAUGAUGGGAGGCUCUAUGUUGGAAACUUGCCUUAUUCAAUUACUUCUUCUCAAUUGUCUGAGCUCUUUGCUGAAGCUGGCACUGUGGUCUCUGUUCAGAUCGUGUAUGAUCGUGUAACUGAUAGGAGCAGAGGAUUUGCAUUUGUUACAAUGGGGAGUGUUGAUGAAGCUAAAGAAGCAAUUCGAAUGUUUGAUGGCUCUCAAGUUGGUGGUAGGACUGUUAAGGUAAACUUCCCAGAGGUGCCCAAAGGAGGUGAAAGGUUAGUAAUGGGGCCAAAAGUAAGGAACGACUACAAAGGCUUUGUAGACAGCCCUCAUAAGAUCUAUGCUGGAAACCUUGGCUGGGGACUAACCUCAAGGGAUCUUAGAGAUGCUUUUGUUGAACAGCCAGGCUUAUUGAGUGCCAAGAUCAUCUAUGAGAAGGACAGUGGAAGAUCCCGUGGUUAUGGCUUUGUAUCUUUCCAAACUGCUGAGGAUGCAGAGGCUGCUUUGAACGUUAUGAACGGUGUGGAGGUUCAAGGUCGACCCUUGCGAUUGAAUUUGGCUGCACCAAGGACGCCUUCAUCACCACCAGUGAUUGAGGAAAAUACAGGAAGUAAUGUUAAUAGCUCGGAACUGCUGUCUAGUGCCAGCACAUGAGCAAUAUGAUUCAUCAAAUUUUGCCCGUUAAAUGCUUAUCAUUCAGCUUUUCUCCUAAGGUUCAUCUUGUCUCGGUUCAUGGCAAUUACUAGUCAAACUGGGAUAAACUAGCUAGACUUUCAGGCAGUUGUGAGAUAUAUCUGUUACUGAACAAAUAUUGAACAUAUCUAUAAAGGCUCGGUGUUAAUUAUAUAAGUUGUUAUUGUGAAAGACAAGCUUUCAGAGUCUGAUGGACUAAUAAUAUAUUCAAG